UGACGGCUCUACGGUCCUUUUGCCUCGGCCCGCUGAGCGCGCAGGGGAGCUCCUGGGCGCCGGAGAAGACCGCUCUUGCCCGGGCAGCCGAGCCGGAGACAGCGCCGCGCGCGCCCCGCCAGUCCCAGCCAGCUUCGGCUCCACCAUGACGCUGAAAUCCGAGCGGAGCGGGGACAGCGUGAGCAGCAUGAGGACGGCGCUCUCGGACCUCUACCUGGAGCACCUGCUGCAGAGCAAGCCGAGGGCCGAGACAGUCUCUUGUCCAAUAAAUGCAGUGACCGAGGACAUUUACACCAACGGCUCAGCCAAGAAUGGGAGCCUGGCCCAUGCCAACGGCCAUGAGUUGCGGAAAAUACGUUUUAUCCAGUUUGAGAAGAUCACGGAGGAGCCCAUGGGUAUCACCCUGAAGCUGAACGAGAAGAAAAGCUGCAUAGUGGCCCGGAUCCUUCACGGGGGCAUGAUUCACAGGCAAGGUUUCCUUCGUGUGGGAGAUGAGAUUCUGGAGAUCAAUGGGAAGAGUGUGGCCAACCAUUCUGUAGACCAGUUGCAGAAGAUCCUGAAGGAAACCAAGGGAACCGUCUCCCUAAAGAUCAUUCCCAACCAGCAGAACCGUAUUCCAGCCCUUCAGAUGUUUGUCAGAGCUCAGUUUGACUACGACCCACAGAAGGACAGCCUUAUCCCCUGCAGAGAAGCUGGCCUGAAGUUCCAAACCGGAGAUGUUAUUGAGAUUAUCAAUAAAGAUGACAGUAACUGGUGGCAAGGCCGGAUUGAAGGUUCCUCCAAUGGCUCGGCAGGACUUAUUCCAUCUCUAGAGCUCCAAGAGUGGCGUGUUGCCAGUGUGACGCAAGAGAAUCAGUCUGAAGCCCAAAGCUGUACCCCCUUUGGAAAGAAGAAGAAAUACAAAGACAAGUACUUAGCAAAGCAUAGCUCAAUUUUUGACCAGCUUGAUGUAGUGUCUUAUGAGGAGGUGGUCCAGCUACCAGCUUUUAAGCGGAAAACUUUGGUGCUUAUAGGGGCAAGUGGUGUUGGACGAAGCCACAUUAAGAACACAUUGCUCAACAAAUACCCGGAGAAGUUCGGAUAUCCUGUUCCAUAUACCACUCGACCCCAAAAGAAGAAUGAAGAGGAUGGGAAGAACUAUCACUUUGUCUCCACGGAAGACAUGACAAAAGAUAUCUCUGCUAAUGAGUUCCUGGAAUUUGGAAGUCACCAGGGCUAUAUGUUUGGCACCAAAUUUGAGACUUUGCACAAGAUCCAUCAACAGGGCAAAAUUGCAAUCCUGGACAUUGAGCCUCAGACACUGAAAAUCAUCCACACUGCUGAGUUCUCUCCUUUCAUCGUGUUCGUCGCUCCUCCAAACAAGGCCGAUCAGAUGGAAACCUUGCAGCAACUUCAGAAGGAUACAGAGGCCAUCCAGAGCAGAUAUGCCCAUUACUUUGAUUUGGUGCUAGUGAACAACGGCAUCGAGGAGAGCCUUGAACAACUGCAGGCGGCUUUUGAACGGGCAUGCAGCUCCCCGCAAUGGGUGCCCGUUUCCUGGGUAUACUGAGCUGGUCUGGGGCUGGCAGCACUAUUUCAGCCACGCUAUUUCAGUGCAGCAUGUUGAGGACAAUGAGGGUCUCCCACUUCCUUGCUCUGUGCUUUGUCCAAUACGCAACCUUCUUGGAGCAGCCAUCAUCGCCUGUUACUACCAGGACAAGAAUCCUCCCCUUCCAGCUGCAAAUAUCCUCAGAAGAGUCUAUCUGGAUGUGGCUUGCUCUCCCUUUGCUCUGUAUUUCCACUCAUUUGCACAUGUUAGCAGCAGGGGAUAGACCAAGAAUACUCUUCUUCCACUAUCAAUAAGGUUUUUAACAGGGAUACCAAGAACACCUUCUAGGUAAAAGCCAUAAAUGCAGUGAAUGUUAGAAGAGCCGUAUUUUAACUCCACACAUUUUCCCAGUUUUUCUUUCUUCGCUUGUGAUAGAGGCACCUUUACAACCUUUGCAUGAAUGAGAUUUAUUCUUUCGCUCAUCCUCUUUUUUGGGAGGGAAAGAGCACCAUUAACUCAUGCUGAACGUUGUUUAACUAGGAGUGUUCUUUUGCCUCUGUCAAAAAGGGUGUUUUUGUUCCAGUUCUACAUCCAAGCACAACACCAGGGGCGUAGCCCGCAAAUGACUACCUAUCCAUUUUGUAACAGUGAUAGCAGGAGGGAGCAUGGAUGACCAUGUGUUAAGCCUCAUGCUCUGAGGAUGCCAAAAAGAGACAAAGAUGUGCAAUAGAUACAUUCGGUUGAAUCCAUUACAGGGAAACUAACAAGCAGCAAUAAAGUAUGAUAAAAAAUGUGA